UCACAUGCCUUGGGCCGACACUUUGUUGAGUGUUUAUUGCAAGGCUCACAGUAAGACUAUGGGAUAUUUAGGGACCCUGGCAGAACCAUGCCAGCCAGAAGAGAUCGAAGUUAGCGUGGAAAGGAAUUAGUUCACCAUGUUGUGCUUUGUCUCACAACCAAACUCCGUUGUUUUGGAAGUUGAAGUGGAUCCGCGCGCCGACGGCCAAGACUGUCUCGAUAAAGUCAGUGAACAACUUCACAUCAUCGAGCAGGACUACUUUGGGCUCCAGUACCGAGGCAGUAAAGGGGAGACGUUAUGGCUGAACCUGCGGAAUCGGAUCGACGAUCAGAUUGGAGGAGCCCCUCCUUAUCGCUUCAUGUUCCGGGUGAAGUUCUUUGUGGAACCCCACUACUUACUUCAGGAUGAAACAAAGCACCACUUUUACCUACAAGUGAAACAAGAACUGCAGUCCAAGAAAUAUGAAUUAACAGAUACACCUCAGGCUGUGAAGAUGUUGGCCCUGCUGUGUCAGGCAGAGCACGGGGAUGCAACAACCAACUCCUUCCAGCAGAAUGUGUACACGCAGAUGAUGCAAGGACUCUGUGAACCCACGGAGGAUAUCCUCAAUAUGGUGUAUGAGGAACAUUGUGAACUCCGGGGAAUGACGGCGGUGAACGCAGAAUAUCACUUACUUCAGGAGGUGUCCGAGCUGCCUACAUAUGGUACAGAGUUCCAUGAUGCCAAGAGAACAUCUGGAGAGCCAACCAAGAUUGGAGUUGGACCUGAAGGAUUGUCCAUGUAUAAUGUCGAGACAAACAAGAUGGAUAGGAUUGCUUAUGCCUUAAUCCAAAUGGCAACCCAUAUGGAUCAGAAAGUUAUCCUCCGAGUGUUCGAUGAGAAGGGAGAGCCAAGUAUCCAUCUUGUGUUUCGGUUCAAAACCUGCAAAGCUGCCAAUGCCUUGUACCGCUGUGUGACGGAGAUGCAUUCCUUCUACCGCUGCGACACAGUCCGGGAAGAUGUGUCCACACAGUUCUGCAGAGACCUCAAAGGAACAAUCUGCUCGAUAUUCAAUGAAAAUACUUCACUGGGUAAGAAGUACAUCUUUGACAUUCGACGUACAUGUCGAGAGGCUUAUGACCACGCAAGAAGGAAACUGUGGACUGCAAACCAAGAUGGUGAAAAGAUGAAUGGAGCCGAACCUCUUCGGCGUAGUCGUGAAAGCAUUGUCUGUGAUAACAAUGAGAAUGCCAUUGUUAGAACUGAGUGCCAGGAGCUGCGAGCCCGGCUAGCUAGUAUUGAAGAUUCCCUCCGCUGUGUAGUGUGCAUGGACAGACAAAUCUCAACAACAUUUUGUCCGUGUGGUCACGUGAUCUGUUGUUCCGAGUGUACACAACACAUAACAGAGUGCCCAGUGUGUCGCACGUCCAUAGACAAAGUGCAAAGGAUUUUCAUUCCAGGCCUUCACUUGGAGCCUCAGUGCUCUCACCUGUAGUGAGAAAAACUCCCGCCAAUAGUGCCUGGACGUGUGGGACAGCCUGCCAAUGCAACAACCCGGUGAUAUUGUUCUCGGAGCUGGUUCUUCGGGUAAUGUUUUAUCAAAUGUUUUUGUCGACAUCGAGGAUGUGCGAACGUUGGAGUUCGUUCUUGGAUAACAGCAGUGGAAAUGGACCAUGUGAUUACAUUUCGACAUUAUGCACAAACUUGCCUUCCCUGCUUUAAGCAGGAUGGAAACAUAUCCAGUCUGUUCCUUCGUACAAAUGACGAACAGCUUCAAUGUGAAUUUCCGUAGGUGUCAUCCUUGGUACAGAAUCCAGUGGAUGAUACUGGAUCGUUUUGUAAAUUGUCUGGAAUUGUACAGAUCUGACUUCAUUACUACAUUAACAACCCUUGUAGAUCAUUGCAUCAUUGGUAGACUAGCGCUUCAUUUCAUAAAACCAUACAUAUCUGUGAUACAUAAGAAAUUCCACGUUAACACAAAGCCAAAAAUAGCUGUAGCAGGACUGAGUAAGAAUAGCUUCAGGAUGAUGUGAAUAAUUAUGGUCUUGAGGUCCAAUAAUGGGAAUGAGGGUAACUCCAAAAAUUUGUUUGGGAAUUGGUGCUCUGAAGCCCUGCUUACCAUAACCAUGAAACUGUCAUGUCACAAAAUGGUUAAAUAUUUUUCUAUUGAAUAUGACGGAAUUAUUACAAUGUGCUUAUUCCUGAAACAUCCUUUGCGGGGCCUUGUAGUUCACCGGGGAUGUGUAUCCAUGGUAACAGGUUUCGCAGCAUAUAUUAUCUUGAUGUUACCUUGUUAAAAUCUAGUCAAAGAGAAUCAAAUCCUUUCCUUUUGGAGCAGUAUGGAUCAAUUUGAUAACCAUUCAGUACUUGUCCAUGAUGCUAAUUUAUUUCACAAUAUGAAGCUUAAUAAGGAAAGUAUUUCAAAGAUUUUCUUUAUCCAAAGUUAUACCAGUGGAAAUGAAGCUACUGGCAUUUGACUGAUAUAUUUUUAACUCUAUUCUGUUGUUAAAUUUCAGUUUCAAAACAAUAAAUUUAUGGCAUUGUUUACUGGAUAAAUGUAUGUUUAUUGAUCCAUGCGUUACAGCGUUUAUGAACUGUAGAUAUUACUGUUAUUUUAUAGAUUAUUAGAAACAAAAAUCUUUUUAACAGCAGACUGUUUUAACAUGUACACGUGAUAUUUAAGCUAUCAGUGUUGAGUUAUGUUAACUGUUAACAUUCCAUUAUACACGUUACCGUUCUUGCACUGGUUUUAAGCCAGUGCAUCUCAGGAAUACUCUUUAACUGUACUUAACUUUUAUAUCUUUGAAUGAUAGAGAUAGAUUUUAACAAUUCACAAAGAUUGUAAAGCCAGACCAAAUUAAUUACUUGUUUAAUUACAUAGUUCUUACCCCACAUAUUUUAAAAAUGAA